GUCCAGUCAUCCUUGUUCCACAUCUAUCAUCUUCCUAUGAAUUAAAGGAUUUACCUAAAGACAAAGAAUUCUAUUCAUCAGAGACUAGACAAGAGUUACUCUUGCUUUUGGCAAUUAAAGAUGAUGUUGUCAUGGAAACAGUUGAUCCUGCUUUUGUUCAUUGGCUGCCUGGCAGGUGAGCUUGUUUUACAAGGCCCCGUGUUUAUCAAAGAGCCCAGCAACAGUGUUUUCCCUGUUGGUUCAGAUGAUAAAAAAAUAACUUUAAAUUGUGAAGCAAGAGGCAACCCUUCACCUCGUUACAGAUGGCAGCUGAAUGGCAGUGAUAUCGAUACAAGUCUGGACCAUCGUUACAAAUUGAACGGAGGAAAUCUCAUAGUUAUUAACCCCAACAGAAAUUGGGAUACAGGAAGUUAUCAAUGUUUUGCCACAAAUUCGCUUGGAACAAUAGUGAGCCGAGAAGCCAAACUCCAAUUUGCCUAUCUUGAAAAUUUUAAGACCAGAAUGAGAAGCACAGUAUCAGUCCGUGAAGGUCAGGGGGUGGUCCUCCUCUGCGGCCCCCCACCGCACUCUGGUGAACUAUCAUAUGCUUGGGUCUUCAACGAGUAUCCAUCAUUUGUUGAAGAAGACAGCCGGAGAUUUGUCUCUCAAGAGACAGGGCACCUCUACAUAGCUAAGGUGGAGUCAUCUGAUGUGGGAAAUUACACAUGUGUGGUGACUAGCACUGUAACAAAUGCCAGAGUAUUGGGCUCCCCAACCCCUUUGGUGCUACGCUCUGAUGGUGUCAUGGGUGAAUAUGAACCUAAGAUAGAAGUCCAGUUUCCAGAAACUCUUCCAGCAGCUAAAGGUUCAACUGUGAAGUUGGAAUGCUUCGCCCUUGGGAACCCUGUUCCUCAGAUUAACUGGAGAAGAAGUGAUGGGAUGCCAUUUCCCAACAAAAUUAAAUUGAGAAAGUUCAAUGGUGUGCUCGAAAUCUCGAACUUCCAACAGGAAGAUACAGGCUCCUAUGAGUGCAUUGCGGAGAAUUCACGAGGAAGAAAUGUGGCAAGAGGGAGACUCACGUACUAUGCAAAACCUCAUUGGGUUCAACUUAUAAGAGAUGUGGAAAUAGCUGUGGAGGACAGUCUUUAUUGGGAAUGCCGAGCAAGUGGGAAGCCCAAACCCUCGUACCGAUGGCUGAAAAAUGGAGACGCAUUAGUACUAGAGGAGAGAAUACAGAUAGAAAAUGGUGCCCUUACAAUAUCAAACCUCAAUGUGACUGACUCUGGAAUGUUCCAGUGUAUAGCAGAAAACAAGCAUGGGCUCAUCUAUUCCAGUGCUGAGCUCAAAGUUGUAGCUUCUGCUCCAGAUUUUUCAAGAAAUCCCAUGAAAAAAUUGGUUCAGGUACAAGUGGGCAGCCUGGUGAUCUUGGAUUGUAAACCCAGAGCCUCCCCAAGGGCGCUUUCUUUCUGGAAGAAGGGAGACAUGAUGGUGCGGGAGCAGACAAGGAUUUCCUUGUUAAAUGAUGGAGGACUCAAAAUUCUGAAUGUGACUAAGGCUGAUGCUGGAACCUACACCUGCACAGCAGAAAACCAGUUUGGGAAAGCAAAUGGCACAACACACCUGGUUGUGACAGAACCAACGAGAAUAAUUUUGGCUCCUUCUAACAUGGAUGUUGCUGUUGGUGAGAGCGUCAUUUUACCCUGCCAGGUGCAGCACGACCCCCUGUUAAACAUUAUGUUUGCCUGGUAUUUCAAUGGAGCCCUUACAGACUUUAAGAAAGAUGGAUCCCAUUUUGAGAAAGUCGGUGGGAGUUCGUCUGGCGAUUUAAUGAUCAGAAACAUCCAACUGAAACACAGUGGGAAAUAUGUGUGUAUGGUGCAGACAGGGGUGGACAGCGUUUCGUCUGCAGCUGAGCUCAUAGUGAGAGGUUCACCUGGACCACCAGAAAAUGUGAAGGUAGAUGAAAUUACAGACACAACAGCCCAGCUCUCUUGGACAGAAGGUACAGACAGCCACAGCCCAGUUCUAUCCUAUGCAGUCCAGGCUAGGACACCCUUUUCCGUGGGAUGGCAAACUGUCACAACAGUACCGGAAGUCAUUGAUGGCAAGACACGUACAGCUACUGUGGUGGAGUUAAACCCAUGGGUGGAAUAUGAAUUUCGAGUAGUAGCCAGUAACAAAAUCGGAGGCGGAGAACCCAGUUUACCCUCAGAAAAAGUAAGGACUGAAGAGGCAGCUCCAGAAGUGGCACCUUCUGAGGUCAGCGGAGGAGGUGGAAGUCGAUCUGAACUAGUAAUAACCUGGGAUCCAGUCCCUGAAGAACUACAGAAUGGUGAAGGUUUUGGGUACGUGGUUGCUUUCCGCCCACUUGGGGUUACCACCUGGAUCCAGACAGUGGUGACAUCCCCAGAUAACCCAAGAUACAUCUUUAGGAAUGAAAGCAUUGUGCCUUUUUCACCAUAUGAAGUUAAAGUGGGUGUUUACAAUAACAAAGGUGAAGGUCCCUUUAGCCCAGUGACAACAGUAUUCUCUGCAGAGGAAGAGCCUACAGUAGCCCCAUCCCACAUCUCUGCCCAUAGCCUGUCUUCCUCAGAAAUUGAAGUUUCAUGGAACACAAUUCCCUGGAAGUUGAGCAAUGGACAUUUACUUGGCUAUGAGGUGCGGUACUGGAACAAUGGAGGAGAAGAAGAAUCAUCCAGCAAAGUGAAAGUGGCAGGAAAUCAGACAUCAGCUGUGCUCCGGGGCCUAAAGAGCAACCUGGCAUAUCACACAGCCGUCCGGGCUUACAACAGCGCAGGCGCUGGUCCCUUCAGUGCCACAGUAAAUGCAACCACCAAGAAAACCCCUCCCAGUCAGCCACCAGGAAAUGUUGUUUGGAAUGCUACAGACACUAAAGUGUUACUUAACUGGGAGCAAGUGAAAGCAAUGGAGAAUGAAUCAGAGGUAACAGGCUACAAGGUGUUCUAUAGGACUAGCAGUCAAAAUAAUGUGCAAGUACUGAACACAAAUAAAACAUCGGCUGAACUUUUGCUGCCUAUCAAAGAGGACUACAUUAUUGAAGUUAAGGCCACCACAGAAGGAGGGGAUGGCACCAGUAGUGAGCAGAUCAGGAUUCCAAGAAUAACCAGUAUGGAUGCGAGAGGAUCUACGUCAGCCAUUUCUAACAUUCACCCUGUGUCAGGUUAUAUACCAGUCCUACUGUUCUUUAUUGUAAAUGCUUUGUGGUGAUAAGCUUUUUUAUUAUUUACUGGAAAAUUAAUUGGUUACCCAAAAAAAGUACUUUCUGAAACAGUGAUUAUGCAUGUUUUUUCAGCUGUGUGUUUUUAAAUUUCUACUCCAUUAUAGGUAAAAUAUGAAUAUAAUAAAAACAGUAAAUCCUUUUAGAGGAAUCUGCAAUGCCUUAAUAUUUGCUUGGUAAACCAAAGGAAUUUGCAAUUUACACACUGCAAACUUUUGAUAUAAAUAUUCCUAUGUUAUGAGUUUAAGCGGUGCCUAUGUGAGGCACAUACAAACACAGGAUACACAAAAAAAUAUAGUGCAUACAUGAUAUGUAAAAACAAAUAAUACAUAUACAAUAUACAAAGAGAUAUGUACAAACACACACACACAUACACACACACACUAAUACAUACAGUUUUUCUAUACUAAAAACACUUUUUAUUUAUUCCAAAUGUUCUUUUCCCAUUAUUACAGUAUCACCUAUCAUUUCAAAAUUACCAAUUUGAAUUCCUCAGAGUAAAAAAAAUAAUAAUGCAUUUAGUUAUGCUGGGAGUGGCCUGUGAUUCCAUAGGGUAUUAUUAGACAAUGCUACUCUGAGCUUGGGCAAGGAACAUUUGCUUCAGUGUACUCUAUGACUGUGAGAUUCCCCUAGUCAUUUUGUCCUCUCAUCUCUGUUAUUCGUUCCAUGAAAUUAGGUGGUAACAUUUCUCCUAUCUGUAUUUACUGCAAGAAUUAGUUGUUUAAAAAAAAACACACAGAGGGGAAUAUGAAUAGCACAGUUUCCUCCCACAUGCAGUGUUCCUGUGCAGAAUCUUACCUGAACUUUCUAAAGAGGCAUGCAAGCCAGGCAUUUUUUUAAGCUUACUAGCAUAGCAUGCUCUCGGUGAGAUUAUCUGUCUCACUCAAAGAUGGAAAUUGAACCUGAGUGAAUAUUGUAACAUCUUUUGUUUUUGUUCAUAUUUUUAAAGAAAAGAUGGUACCUGGAAAUGAAUGCAUUUCAUCCUGUCUCAGAAUUAAAAUGAAAUUUAUUAAGGACUCAUUCCCUCCCCAUGUAAAAAUAAGCUUUCAGGGUUUUUUUUUUUUUUAAAAAAAAAAAAAAAAAAAAAAAAACCC